CUUCCAAAUACACCAUGUGCUUGCAAAGAAGAUCGACACCCACCACUGCUUAUACCUCGUUGGAAUUGGUGCCGCAAUCCAUGACUUGAAGCAUUUCUUAGCUCAUCAUGGCCAUGUUCAAACUUUGGUGCAGACCCAUAUUAUAUAGUACAUCACUCCAAAGACUCAAUGCUAUAUCACAACCGAAGAAAAGAUGGUGUACACUCUCUGGCUCUGUACCACACAUUUUGGACAUCCAUAGAAGCUGGUCAAAUCCUAGAUUUGAAUCUCUGAACUACUGCCCCAGUGCCCCUGAACAAGCGACCCUCUCUGUUUUCUUCUUAUCAUCAAAACCGUGGUAUCCAGGACUACCGUCUCUGGCCGUCGCAAUGGUAGCUGGGAUACCAGAGCAUGAUGCCACACCCCCAUGUCCCGCUGCUACUGCUGCCUUUGUGGUCCACCUCACUGCAACCGAUCUCGUAACUCUCCUCUUCUUCCCCAACAUCGCACUUCCUAGCAGCUGCAGGCCUGCAGCUACACCAUCAAUGUAGGUGUCGAUGAUCUGCCUCCUUCCAGGGUCCAUGAUCAUC